UACUCUCAUUCCAACGACGACAGUCAAGUCUACACCUCACAUUAACGAAUAUUACGAAUUGAAUUUAGAAAAAUCGCUGCAAAAAGCGAAACUUUUUAAACUUUGCUUGUGAUUCCUCUUGCAGAGGAACAGCCACAAAAUAGCGAAUCAACGACCCCUCGUAGAUCCUGCAAUGGAGGCCUUGCGGAACAGGAACGCGGCCAGGAUCAAAUACGGUGCUCCUCCGUCGGCCAAGACCGAAUCGACUACGGAUGUAAAGUUCACUGAGGAAGAGAAAAAGACGAUUUCCGAGCUGAAACAGCUAUAUAUGGAGACCAUAAAUUUAGACGUUGCCCUUCAGCGCGACAUUUACAACAUGGAGAAGAGCUUCGAGGAAAAACACAGCGUCAUUUUCGAGAAGCGCAAGAAGAUCCUCGAUGAAUUUAGGAAGCAAAACCACGGUGACUCGAAGCCAAAUCUAAGCGUACCUCAUUUUUGGUUAAAGGUUCUUAAAGCCUCGUAUACAGAGUUUAUAAGCAAGAAGGACGAGAAAAUUCUAGAAUGCUUGAGCGAUAUCCGAGCCCGACUUCAUAGUGAUCCGGUUGUGAAGUUCGACAUCGAGUUUCACUUUUACCCCAACGAUUACUUCACCAACACUGUGCUGACCAAGACGUAUUUCCUUAAUUGCUUGCCGGAUCCGGAAGAUCCGCUCUCGUACGAUGGCGCCGAGAUCUACAAGUGCGAAGGCUGCAACAUCGAGUGGAAGCAGGCUAAGGACCGUGAGAGGAAGGAUGAAACCCUCGAACAGACGUCGUUCUUCGAUUUUUUCACACCUCCCAUUCUGCCGGCCGAUAUCGAAGAUCCCAAUUACUGUGACAUCAACUCCAUACUGCAAAACGACUUCGAAUUGGGCUUUUAUCUCAAGGAGCGUGUGAUUCCCAAGGCGGUGAUCUUCUUCACUGGCGAGAUAGCCGAUUGUCAGAGCUCCAGCGAUUCGGACACAGAGACUGAUGAUACCGAAGACGAGUCGGAUGCCGAGGAGGAGGAAGUAUCCUCGAAUGGCACUGACAAGUAACAGUUCUCAAUUUUACACGUUUUUUUACAAUUUAUAAAUAUUUUUUCAAUUCUUACACCGAAGCACCAAACAAAUUAUUGAUCUGUCCUUACAUGCUACAGAACUACCAAAUAAGCAUUUCAUUAUACGUAUACCAAAAAGA